GCUACUUUGAAGUGUUUUUUUCGGCAAUGUAAAGGUCUCGUGUUUUUUUGUUUGUUUGUGUUUUUACUCCUUAGAUGAAAGGCAUUGUGUACAUGUUUUUGUUUAUGAUAGAAUUAAGAAUGAUUCAAGUUGGAAGGAAAAAGAAGGAAUUCUAGGAGAAGAAGUAAAGAAAAAGGAAACAAAACAGAAGCAAAUCUGCUUUUGCUCUAAAAUUCUGCAGUUUGUUCACUUUAUUGUAAACAAAUCCAAAACAAAAAUGGACCCGAGAAUAACGGUAUCAUGUGCUCUCAAAGCUAAAGUCAUGCUGUGGACCGAUGUGAGCUACCACGACAUGGAGGAGAUUGACAAAGUGCAUUCCAUGCCUGAUUUGGAGCGUGUUUUAUGCAGCGUGUUGAGGAUCGACCUGGCGGAACCUAAGAGAGGAGUUCUGCUGGAGUUGUUUGUCCAGACUGUGCUUUUCUGCAGAGAGAACAACUUCAAAAAGGAACAAACGUCUGCUCUGCUCUCCAUCAUCAAGUCCAUCCAUGAGGCUAACAUAGAAACUCCACUCAACAACAUGAAACAGUGUUUCAAAUACAGCAAUGAGCUUCUGCUCCGUCACUCCGUCAGGCGACCUCCGUUCAGCAUCAGCCUCUUCAACUCGACAGAGGCAGACUGUGUCCUCAAGUACAUCCAUCACAGCUACAUGAGACACUGUAAACUCUACAAGUACAUCUUCACUCCACAGGUUAAACUUGAUAUGACUUUCACUUACAAUGAGAGCGAGGGUCAUGAGGACAGUUCUGAUUCAGAUGAAGCUGCACCAGAGACGGACAACGCUGCAGCGACGCCGGAAACAUCGAACAGAGACCAAGAGGAAGCCGCAGGCGGUCACAAAUCGGAGCUGAGGGCGCUGAUAGAGAAAGAGGUCAGGGAGCAGAUGACGCUCGCGUCUCGACAACUGGACGAGAGGAUGAAAGAGAUUGCAAAUCAGCACAAAAAAACUGUAGAUCCUCUGCACUCGGCCCACAAGACCAAAAAGUAAUUAAUGUCCGUACAGUAAACACACUCACAAGAUAACUCAGACUGAAAUUUGUUUUAAUUGUCAAUAAAUCUGCAUAUACGUCA